CAUUACUUAAUUCCUCUGCAGCGGGAGCCAACAGUGCGCUUAGUCGCCGUCUCCCACCCUCCUCCGCUGCGCUACAUUAGUGUCAGUAAAGGAGGUCAGAUCAGUGUCUGGAGCAGCAGCCUCCACAUCCUCAAGACGCUCGGGCUAGCAGGAGACCCCACAGAGGAAGUGGCGAGCACGAGGAGGUUCAGGGGCUGGACCUCUGAUGCCGUCUAUAUGGGAAACGUACACGCGGUUGCCAUAGCUACUGACUGCAGGGACUUGCACUUUAUAAAUGUCUCGACUGGCGCUGUGUUUCAGGACGCCCACCUUUUUGGGUUUCGAAGUGUCCCGACGGCGCUUUGUUACUGGCAUGAUGCUCAGUCUCCAGAGCAUCCCUCUCUGCUGCUCAUGGGGGAUGACAAAGGAGGAGUCCAUCUCCUGUGGUUCCUGAAUCCAUCCAAAGGUCUUUUCAAGAGUCCUUCCAAGACAGAGAGCGGCCCACAGAGGAUCUUCUUCCCAGACCUCGGUGAACACAGCAGCAUGGUGUCCUACCGUCACAUCCCCAGCGUCCACCAGGAGCCGAUCACCAGAGUGAUGUUCGAGCCCGGCACCAACGUCGUCAUGACGUCAUCAGAGAGUGACAACACCUCUGUAGUUUUUAUGAACGUGACACUGAAGCAGGAGCCUUACAUUUGGACAUUUAAGCAGGGAGCUAAAUGUUUUGACUACGACGCGUCUCUGCAGCUUAUGGUGACCGGAGGUUGUGACCGGGCGGUCAGACUGUGGACUCGUUUCAUCACCUCGCGUCCCGUAGCUUCGCUGCUCGGUCACCGCACCGCCGUGCUGGAUGUUAAAAUCUACCAACCUGUGGGGCAGAUCCUCAGCUACUCCAGAGAUGCUGAGCUGAGGGUUUGGGACAUUUCCAGCCAUCAGUGUCUGAAGAGCCUCGCCCUGCAGUUCCCCUGCCAGCAGCCGGGUCGAAUCCCAGAACACGGAAACUUCCCCUUCCUGUUGCUGAGCCCCCCGCUCACUGAGCAGCCUCUCUUAGCGGUGGCAUGCAAAGAUUAUCUAGCUGUGCUCAGUCUGUCUGAAAGAAGGACAGGAGGGGGCGGAUGGCUGACCGAUGAAGGAAGGGAACCUGGACCAAAUAUUCAAAGUGGUCCCCCUCUCUCCUGUGCUCUGUACAACCCCACUUUGAGACAGGUGGCUACAGGACAUGAAGACUCGUCUGUGUCUCUGUGGGACGUCGAGACGGGGAGGAGGCGGCUUCAGAUCCUAAACGCUCACGGAGAAGAGGGGAUCACCUGCAUGGCACUAGACUCCUCCCACAGAAGACUGAUCACUGGGGCGCGCAACGGCACCAUUAAGGUGUGGAACUUACUUAACGGCCUGAACUUGCACAAACUGGAGCCCGUCGACACCUCCGAAGUCACCGGGUUGACCUGUCUCCAUGACAACCAGCUGUUGGCUGUGGGAUGGAGCCGGCGGGUCGCUCAGUACGACGUCGCAGCUGCAAAGGAUUUGUAUGUAAGAGCAGACAUGUCGUGGAAGUCCAGCGGAGUCCACAAAUCUGACAUCCUGGCUGUGAGUCAGUGCUCUCCUCUGGGGGUCAUCGCCACAGGAAGCUAUGAUGGAGAGGUCAUUAUCUGGAGGCUGGAGACACAGGGGCCGGUGCUCCACCUGCAGAGACCCACACAGGCAGGAGCGGCGCCCCCUGUGGACGGCCUGCUGUUCCUGCAGCACCGAGCCGGCAACAGGAAGUUGAGAAACCGAGGCGUCCUGGUGUCAUCGCAGGCCGGCUGUCUCUGCUUCUGGAGCAUCACUGGACAGACACACACCUAUGGCCAGUGUUAUUCUCCAGAGCAGCCCGGUGAGCGUGUUUUGAGCCUGAGCUCGGAUCAGCCUCAAAACACCAUCCUGGUCUCUGGAGAUACAACCGGCUGGCUUCAGAUCUGGGACAUCAGUGACUAUGGACUGGACGUCCAACAUGAUGAGAGUCCAGUGUGUGAGCGGCCUCCUCUGCUGCAGCGAUGGAGAGCUCAUGAGAGAUCGAUAGUGGGCGUGGACGUCCUUGAGGUGUCCGGCAGGUUGUUCGUCCUCACAGCCUCGAGUGAUGGCUCUGCUGGACUGUGGACAAAGGAGGGAGAUCAUGUGGGUUUCUUCGGACAGGAGGUUAUGUGGAAUAUCUCAGAGCCAGAGACUUAUCAAAGAAAGGCUCAAAGAAAACUGAAAGGAGACACAGAGGACAGGACUGAGAGUGACGAAAUGGGGCUCAAAGGUCAAGUACCUGGACACGCCUUCAGGGAUCGAGCAUCACAGGAGGAAUGCUACUCUGAAGCUUCACCCACCAGCCUGGCAGAGAAUGACCACAAGCCCAUGGUAACCUGUAAACACACAAUCAGCAGCCGAUGAGUGUAAACACUUGUCAAACUCAUCUCAAUGGCCUUCUUUCCUUCGAUCCACCAAUGCACCCAACCAUCAAAUGUGUGUGUCAGUAUCUGUGCUAGAACUUCUGCCAGGCGGUAGCUUCGUGUCACAAGAGGAGACGUGACGGAUCACUGUUGAUUGGCUGUUUUUGUCCCCAUCAGACUCUGGCCCUGCAUUAGACAGAUUCGCGGAUUACGGGGUAAUUUUCCUUCCCUACUUAAGUACCUAUCUGUAUUUUCUAACAGACUGCACAAACAAAUCAUCUAUAAUUAUAUUUGUAUUGCACUUCUACUGUAUGUUCUCAAAUAAAGUUUGACAUUUCGCAAAAA